CUUCGUCCCCAUCCUUCUCCUUCUCUAUCUUUAUCAUCAUGUCGUCCUCGAAACUCUUCCAGCCCAUUAAAGUUGGCGAUAUCACUCUCCAGCAUCGCAUUAUCAUGGCGCCUUUGACGCGGUUCAGGGCGAACCUGAAGCACGAGCAGGAAGACAUCGCCGUGGAGUACUAUAAGCAGCGCGCCAGUGUUCCCGGAACCCUCCUCGUCUCGGAGGGCGUGUUCGUCACCGGCCGUGCAGGUGGCGGAAAGCAUAUUCCUGGCAUCUGGUCAGAGGAGCAGAUAAAGCGCUGGAAAAAGAUCACGAACGCCGUGCACGAGCAGGGUUCCUUCAUAUACUUGCAGCUCUGGGCCCUGGGCCGCGCCGCGUCCGUAGAGGCGCUCGCCGAGGAGGACCCGAGCUUCUCAUAUAUCGGCGCAGGCAGCGUCAAGCUCUCAGACCGUGACCGUGCACCGCGCGCCCUGACCAUCGCAGAGAUCAAGGAGUUUGUCCAGUUCUACGCGACUGCGGCCUCGAACGCAGUCCACAAGGCCGGGUUCGAUGGUGUCGAGAUCCACGGCGCGCACGGUUACCUCGUGGACCAGUUCAUCCAAGACAACUCGAACAACCGCACAGACGAGUACGGCGGGUCGAUCGAGAACAGGACGCGCUUUGCGCUCGAGGUCAUCGAUGCCGUGUCCAAGGCUGUCGGGCCACAGAAGGUCGGUAUCCGCCUUAGCCCCUGGAACCCGUGGCAAGACAUGCGCAUGAGCGACCCGGUCCCCACGUUCUCGCGUCUUGUCACGCGCAUCCGCGACGAGCACCCCAACUUCGGCUACAUCCACGUCGUCGAGCCGCGCUUGGCCGGCAUCGCCGACCGCGAGGCACAGGAGGGCGAGUCGAACGACUUCCUCCGCGAGAUCUGGGGCCCACGGGUGUACAUCGCUGCGGGCGGGUUCACGCGCGAAGACGCGAUCAAAACUGCGGAUGAGAAGGGCGGGCUCAUCGCGUACGGCCGGUAUUUCAUCUCGAACCCCGAUUUGCCGCGUCGCCUCAAGGAGAACAUCCCACUCACGCCAUACAACCGUGAGACGUUCUAUACACCUGAAGACCCUGUAGGUUACAUCGACUAUCCGUUUGCCGGAGGGGAGGCCAUCAGCGCGGCGGCCUAAAUAGCAGAAGAAGCAGGUUAUGAAUCACAUAGAAGACUCGGAUGUCUAGUACACUACUACCCUAAUUUAUCAAUUGCUCGCGUCGGAUGUUGGCC